CGAAUGCACACCAUCCUCUACCUCCAGUGCACCGACGACGAUGAGUGAUACCGCAGCGAUCCGCCGUCAACUCAAGAUCAAGUCGGGAGCAUGCAAACGGCUAUACAAGGAGCAUAAAUCCUACGAGAGGGAAGCAGAGGAGCUGAAGCGGAAGCUAGACAAGUUCAUUGCAGAUGGUGCAGAGGAUUGGGACAUCAAAAACACAAGGAGAAUGAUGGAAGAAUCUCAGAAGAUGAUCCAAGAUACCUCAAAUCGCCUCGGAGGUUCCAUGCAAGACUUGCGUGAACUAAUCGUCUCUGCGGAACAAGAUCCGGCUUUGCGAGAGGACGAGGCGUUCAUGCAGGCGCAGGAGGCUAUGGAGGAAGUUAGCGUAUAAUGUCAUAGAUUCAGACAGCUGCUGUACCCAUAGGCUCAAGGAGCAUUAUACCAUGCCGUGCGUCACUCUUCCGCC